AUGGUUUUAUUUUUAUUUUUAGGAAAUGGAUCUCCAAAAGGAACUCUCAAAGACACUCAAAAAAGUUCUUCACCAUAUAAGAACACACAAUAUACACAAAAACAGAUGUUUCCUGACGAAUCAAGAAGAGCUAGUAGUAGCGUUAGUCAAGUUUCCGGUGACGAGAGGAAACGCUUGUGCGAGCAUGUUAAGCCUUGCGACAGUGGCCUAACCGUCUAUGGUUCGUUGACAUAUCAAUUGAACCAUGCCAAUAUGGAGUCGACAGGCAUAUUCGAUUUUAUCAUAAAAGCACUGAGCAUUAUUCACAGAACAGUGAUAAUGACGGUAAUUUUGUCCAUUUUCACGGUGGUGCCUUUAAUUAUGUUCGUUGUUGGCGUGGAGUUCGUCCGGGACUGUCCGCGGGAACCGCACAUACCGGUGUACAUGAUCGUGGGAGGCAUAUUCGGCACGAUCAAGAUGGUGUGGCUGCUGUGCCGGCAGGUCAAGUCGCUGCGGUACAACAAGCGCCGGCGGCCGGACAUGGGCACGCGCGAGGACAUGGUGUCGUCCAUGGGGUCGCGCAUAGCGUCCGUCGGGCUGGCCGCGUUCCUGGCCGGUUGGUUCGCGCUGGGCAACUAUUGGAUCCUGUCCGUGUACUGGCCCGACUCGGAACCGUCGUCGCUGUACGAGCCGAACGUGUGGUGCAACCGGACGCUGUACGUCACCAGCCUCGUACACCUGGCACUCGUGUACGUGGCCGGCGCUGUAGUGCUCGCCGCCGUCGUGGCCGUGCUGGUGUUCCAGCAGUGCGCGCUCCGGUUCAAAUAG